AUGGCGCCGUCAACUACGAAGCAAUGGACCAUCACUGGAAAAGAUAAAGGGUUCGACGGUCUUGAACUGACCGAAGCACCCAUCCCCAAAAUCGGAGAAAAUGACGUCCUCGUCAAACUUCAUGCCGCCUCCCUAAACUACCGAGAUCUCAUUAUUCCGAAGGGCAUGUAUCCCUUCGCCACGAAGUUUCCCGUCGUCGCAGCGUCCGACGGCGCUGGUGAGGUGGUUGAGGUUGGUCCCAAGGUCUCUAAGUGGAAGAAGGGCGACAAGGUAGUCACACUGUUCAACCAAGGCCAUCAAUACGGCCCUGUUGACUUCGCUUCUUCUGUCACCGGGCUUGGCGGCGUCCUAGACGGCGCUCUACGCCAACACGGCGUUUUCAAUGAGAAUGGAUUAGUCCGGGCACCUAAGAAUCUUAGCCACGUCGAAGCUAGCACUCUGUCUUGCGCCGCCCUAACAAGUUGGAAUGCGCUCUACGGGUUGAAGCAAUUGAAGCCCGGAGAGUGGGUCCUCGUAGAAGGCACGGGAGGUGUGAGCAUCUUCGCAUUGCAGUUUGCAAAAGCCGCGGGUGCUAAGGUGAUUGCUACCACAUCAUCGGCAGCAAAGGGUGAGACGCUGAAGAAACUCGGCGCGGAUCACGUCAUCAACUACAGAGAAGACCCCAACUGGGGCGAGACAGCGAAGAAGCUCACUCCGGGAGGGCAAGGUGUACACCACGUGGUUGAAGUUGGCGGCCAGGGUACCGUGGAACAGAGUCUGAAGGCUGUCAAGUUUGAGGGAAUCAUCAGCGUCAUUGGCUUCCUCGGCGGCGCGCAACCGAAGGCUUCCGUGCUCGACACCCUGACGCACAUCUGCACCGCGCGAGGUGUGUACGUUGGCUCGAGGGAGCUGAUGGAGGAUAUGAUCGCCGCGAUUGAGGCUAAUGAUAUUCAUCCCGUCGUCGACAAGGAGGUCUUCGACUUCGAGAAGGCGAAGGAGGCUUACAGCUACAUGUGGGACCAGAAGCAUUUCGGAAAGCUCGUCAUUAAGAUCGAGUGA